AUGGGGGUGCCGGCGCGGACCGUGCUCUUCCAGAGAGAGAGGACCGGCCUGACGUACCGUGUGCCUGCGCUGCUGUCCGUGCCCCCCGGGCCCAUCCUGCUGGCCUUCGCGGAGCAGCGGCUCAGCCCCGACGACGCGCACGCCCACCGCCUGGUGCAGAGGACUGGCCGGCUGGCCGGGGGCUCCGUGCGGUGGGACGCCGCGCGCGUGCUGGGGACGGCGGCCCUGGAGGAGCACCGCUCCAUGAACCCGUGCCCGGUGCAUGACGCGCGCACGGCCACUGUCUUCCUUUUCUUCAUCGCCGUGCGCGGCCGCACCUCCGAGGCCGCGCAGAUCGCCGCGGGCACCAACGCCGCCCGCCUCUGCUGCGUGACCAGCCGGGACGCGGGGCGCAGCUGGGGCGGCGCGCGGGACCUCACGGCGGAGGCGGUGGGCGGCGCCGAGCAGGACUGGGCCACCUUCGCUGUUGGCCCGGGACAUGGCAUCCAGCUGCGCUCAGGCCGCCUGCUGGUGCCGGCCUACACCUACCGUGUGGACCGGCGAGAGUGCUUUGGCAAGAUCUGCAGGACCAGCCCCCACUCCUUUGCCUUCUACAGCGAUGACCAUGGCCGCACCUGGCACCACGGAGGCGUCGUGCCCAAUCUGCGCUCGGGCGAGUGCCAGUUGGCUGUGGUAGACGGGGAGCAGGCCAGCGGCAUCCUCUACUGUAAUGCCCGGAGCCCCCUGGGCAGCCGUGUGCAGGCGCUCAGUACAGAUGAGGGCACCUCCUUCCUGCCCGGGGAGCUGGUGCCCACCCUGGCUGAGACCGCCCGGGGCUGCCAGGGCAGCAUUGUGGGCUUCCCGGCCCCGCCCUUUAGCCAGCCCUGGGAUGAGGGAUGGUCAGUGGGUGCCAGAAACCCCCCCCACCCUCCACGCCUCAGUCCUGGAGUCCAGGAACUCCUAGAGGAGGGCGCUGGAGACACCCCAGGGGGCGAGGGACUGGGUGGGACAGAGGGAUGUGGGGACAGCCCUGGGGAGCCUGGCCCAGGGCCUGGGCUCAGUGGGAACAGGGGGGCCUUGAAGCUCCCUGGGCCCCCUGCCACUUUGUCUCAGAGCCCCACAUGGCUGCUGUACUCCCACCCGGUGGGGCGCAGGGCUCGGCUCCAUAUGGGCAUCCGCCUGAGCCGGUCCCCCCUGGACCCCCACAGCUGGACGGAGCCUUGGGUGAUCUAUGAGGGCCCCAGUGGCUACUCUGACCUGGCGUCCAUUGGGCCCACCCCCCAGGGAGCCCCGGCCUUCGCCUGUCUGUAUGAAAGUGGGGCCAGGGUCUCCUAUGAGGAGAUCUCCUUCUGCAUGUUCUCCCUGCCCGAGGUCCUGGAGAACGUGCUGGCCAGCCCCGAGCCGCCCAGCCCUGGGGGCAAACCUCGGGGGCACUGCCGGCCCUCCUGA